CUCCAAGUUGAUUCAUAUUCUUGAGAUUGAGUGCAAGAAUGGGUUCAGAAGAAGAAGUUAAAGUUAUAGGUUCAUGUGUAAGCCCGUUCGCUGUCCGAACGAUGAUUGCAUUCAACAUCAAGUGUGUUGAGUAUAAGCUGAUUGAGGAAAAUAUCUUUAACAAAAGUGCUCUCCUUCUCAAAUCUAACCCUAUCUACAAGAAAAUCCCAGUUCUUAUCCAUGGCCAACGCCCCAUCUGUGAAUCACUCGUCAUUCUUCAGUAUAUUGAUGAAGUUUGGGCUUCCGGGCCCCCAAUCCUCCCUUCUGAUCCCUACGGUCGGGCCAUAGCCCGUUUUUGGGCUGCUUACAUUGAUGACAAGUUUUUUGCAGCACAAUAUGCAAUCCUGAAAGCAGGGGGAGAGGAAGGCCAGAAGGCUGCGGCAGUGGAGGAAGCAACUCAGAUCCUGGUUUUGUUGGAGGACGCCUUCACUAAAUGCAGCAAAGGCCGAAAAUUCUUCGGCGGCGACAGAAUCGGCUACGUAGACAUCGCACUGGGAAGUUUCUUGGCGUGGAUUAGAGUGAUACAGAAGAUGUGUGGUGUGAGUUUGCUUGAUGAGUGCAAGACUCCCAUGUUGUUCCAAUGGGCACAACACUUUUGUGCUGAUGCUGCUGUUCAGGAUGUUCUGCCUGAAACUGAUGAGCUCCUGGAGUUUGCUCAACUCUUUGUUGCUAACCUAGGCAAACCUACUGGUUAAGUACGUACUACGUACUAUAUAUUUUAAUUUAUUUGUUUGAACUGUGUUUGCUCCUGAAUUCUCGACUAUUUGAGUUCGUACUGAACUAAAAUCCAUGAUUGUUUGAUUAUACAUGAUGACAUUAGUGCUACGGUUUUUGGUACCCCGUGACUCAAGUGUCGCUUGUUUUCGUUGUCGGAACCUGGUUUGUAGUGCACCUACAGCCAUGGACCAUGGGACACGGCAGUUAAUUACAUUCACGUGCUUCGUUUUAUAUGUA